ACUAAAUGAACGGGAUUUGGGCGACACUGUCGCCUCCACAUCCGUUUCGCUCGCGUUCAAUUAAUUUAAACACUAAAAGCCAGAGUUCGUCUUGUAGCAUUUUCUUGAUCCAUGAUGCAGAUGCAUCCCAUUUCAUCCUAUUCGAUCCAACCGGUGAUUUCGCUCGUAAGAGCAGACCAGAGUUAUGGAUUUGGCUUGUCAAAAUUUUGAUUUUAAUGCUAAAUAUUUGCUUGGUCAGUUAAAUACAGCGAGAAAAGAAAUUAAUAACUUAAGGCAACAAAUAAAAACUCUCCGUUAUAUACAUGAGAAAGAUGUUGAUACUAUAAAGCGUCUUUUAGAAUCAUAUAGAAAUGGAGUACCAAUAUCUUCUGAAGCAAAAGUCAUAUCUUUAGAUGAUGUAAAACCUAGCACCAGUGCAGAUGACGAUACUAUAAAAUUAAAACCAAUUGGAAUAAUAUCUACUUGGUUUCCUAGUAAACGUGGUACUCCUAGACAGACAGGAAUUUGUGGGAAAGUACCUGGAAAGUUACUAUUAUAUAAUUCUAUUUACACUAAUCCUGAUCAUGCUCUUGAAGGGUUACAAGAUUUUUCGCACAUGUGGGUUUUAUUCUAUUUCCAUAGAAAUGAUUCAACGCAUGUUCGGGCUAAAGUUGCACCACCAAGACUAAAUGGUACAAAAACUGGUGUGUUUUCAACAAGAUCUCCUCAUCGUCCAUGUCCCAUUGGUUUAAGUUUAGUGAAGAUCACAAGAGUAGAAAAUCAUACGAUUUACUUUGAAGGUGUGGACAUGGUUGAUCAGUCACCUGUGUUGGAUAUAAAACCUUAUAUACCGCAAUAUGACAGUCCCGUCUUUUUUGAAAAAUUAAGUAGCACUCCACAAGAAUCUAACAUAGAUAAUACAUAUGGGUGUAUAGAAGAGGAUACUAAUUUAAGCAGAAGUCAAACAUUUAAUGCUAACAUUCAUCUUGCACAUGAAACAAGAAGACUACUUUCAGAUUCUUAUUAUAGAAAGAAUACUAAUGAAACAAAUCAAGAGGCAGAUGUUUCUAGAGAUGAAGAAAUUGCUUUAAGAUUACAAGCAGAGGAGUUCCAAAGGAAUUCCAACUUUGAAAAUUAUAAUAGUAUGAGACAUUUUUCUGAAUUAAGCGAUAUUAACUUACACAGUAAUGGCAUGUUACAACAUAAUGUAGAUGUAACUGGUAUACACAGAACAUAUCAUACUUUAUCCGAUGUUUCAGCCGAUGCAAGAACAAAUAUGAACAUAUCCUCUGAACAGAAUGUACUAUCCUCAAACUUAGAACAACAAUCAGAAAGUUUAGCAAACAUAAGUAAUAGGUUACAAAAUACUAGUAUAAGUAGUCGUACUAACAUUGAGUCAACAUAUACAUCAAGAAGUAUGGGGUCAAAUUACAUAGAAGCACAUGCUUCUCGUUCUAGACUUUUAGAUGGAGCAGAUGGGCCAAGUACCGUGUGUGGUACUGAUUUAGAUUUAAUUAAUAGACGUUCGUUAAAUGCACGAAUUGAUAAUUCACCUAUAAGAAUGGGAAUACGGGAAGCUCCUGAUGGAGAAGAGGGUUUAGAAUCACAAACACUUGUCCCUUCACAGAGUUUACCAAGUGUUGAAGCAACAAGAACUACAUCAAGUAAUAAUUUACUGGACUCUACAGAUACAAAUUCAGCUAUACCUUCUGAACCAAGGAACUUUGAAAUUAGGGAAACAGAAGCUAACUAUUCUGCGGAAGUAAGAAUUCCAGAAUGGAUAUCAAGACCUCGUACGCCUUUAUGCGUGAUAUUUAAUGAUCGAGCUCUGAUUCAAUUAAAUGAAAUUUUAGGAACUAAAAUUAAUGACCAAAAGAUAGCAAUUGAAAAUGUACUUCGUGAAGAUCCUAGAUCUGUGUAUUUGCGACAAAGAUGGGGUAGUCAAUUUUACACUUUCUUAAUUCACGAUUUACAUAUUACUUGUAGGUUCGACGAUAACAGAGGUGUUGUUACAGUUUUCCAAAUUAGACACGCAGGACGGAUUUGUGAAUGUGGAGAACCUGAAUGGCAAUGUUUAGGUCAUUCUCCGCCCCCGUCUUAAUAUGUUUAUCUAUGUAUGUGCAAUAUAUAUGUAAUGUAUGCAUGUAUAUUAUUGGUAAUUUUAGCUAAUUGUACCCAUAAAUUUAUUAAUAAUAUUGUAAGAAAUGCGAAUUCUUAAUUUAUAAAGCUACAGGGUGUUUUAUAUUACAUCAGAUAAUCAUCAUUCCAUAAUCGUUAAUCAAGAAUUUUGAUUGUUGUCAAAUGGAAACGAAAUUUUGUUCAAAUUAGUUGGUUUACUAUUAAAGUAUGUAUUUAUAUUGUCAUAUUAAGCAACACGUAAUUUAAUUUGUCUUAUAAAUCAUUUGUUUAUUACUGACAUUACUGAAUGAAAUUGUAAUAUUCAUUGCUUUUAACACAAUAAGAAACUAGUCUUAAACUUUCUGUAAAUUUAAUGAACUAAUUACUAAAAUCUUGCCAAUUAUAUUGUAUAAAAUAGAUAACAGUUCUUUCUUUUUAUUAUAUAGAGUAUUUAUUGUUUUUUUUGCCAACUUUUCUAUUAUGUAACAAUUUAUUAUAAUAAGAAUGUUCCUAUACGUUUAAUGCAUUUAAUUAAAUAUUACAAACUUUCGCACAAAAAAAGUAAGAUAGGCAGUAAGAAUGUAACUUCCAACAUUUAUUCGUUGAUAAAAAAUGUUUCGUCCAAGAUACUACAAUUUUAUUUCCACAGCAGAAUUUAUUAAGUAAAAAUAUAAAUAUACAAUACACGAUUCAAGUAUACAUUCGUAUCGUUGAAUCUGCACCGGCUGAAAAUACCCAUGGUUGAAUAGGGUGGAACAUUACAUCCAAAAUACCAAAAUCAUUGUAAGGUAUGUGAUCGCAUAAUCGUUUUAGCGGUACGAUCAAUGGAUUUUGCAGUAAAUCACUAAAAUGUAUAUUGAAAUAAAUAAUAUAUGGUCAAUAA